CCGCCCCCUCGACCCCGCCUUCCUGAUGAACACGGCGGACUUAUCUUUACCUUGUAAACGAAUCCUGAAUCCAGCCCGACCGAUUUGUCGCUUAUCAGCGGAAUCUUCCGUCAUGGUGUGCUGUAGAAUGUCAGUUAAUCUAGUCCCUGUCAGGUGUUAGAGUUUCAGUUAUAGGUGCCGUUUUUCUUCAGUUAGCCAGUUACCGACUCAGCUACUGUACUUUAGAUAGCACCGUUGUUUUAAGUCGUGGACCCGAUCUGUACGCUGCGUCCGUUUUGCUCGGACGUGGGAUGGCACGUUAAUCAUGGGCAUCGUGUAACAGACGCGAUCGAUCGAUCUCUUCGAGAAUGAAAGAAAUGAGAAAAGCCGUGGGUUGAGCACAACACCAAAACCUGUCUCCAUCUCUGGUUUUCUUGAGUGCUAAUCGCGCGCGUGAGAGAGAAAGUGAGAGUAGAUCGAUGGGCCACAUACGAGCGCUAAUGGGGAACAUUUGUCGGCUCGUUGCUUCCUUCCGUCAAGUAUUAUGUGCUCCAGGUUACAAAAUGCACUUCCACUUGUAUCAUCAUUAGUAUUACCACAUCACUUAAUUUGCUUCCUAAACGCAGGCUGUUGAUGUUUAUAGGGUACGCAUUUAUAUCGCUGUAACUAUCAGUGGAGAUUGAUUGAUUGAUUCACACUUGGACUAACUACAGGAAUGUGCCACCAUGUAAUCAGUCCCGAGUGUAAUAUAGUCACUGGCGAUGGUACGUCUGCGAAAACCUGCUCCCCAUCUCCUCUUAUGGGGCUAGAUAUCCACUCAGUGUGAUUUGCUAUUCCUCAUUCUCUUCCCACACGACGCAGCCGCACUAACCGCUGGUAGGAACGUCGCCCAGUAUCCACCUCCCCCUGAUCUUCCGUCCUCACAUUUUUCUUUGCCUCACGACCGCUCGAGCUUGUAGACACAAACGUAGAAAAAACCUGUUCUGCUUAAAAGAAUCUAUCUUGUUAAAAAAAUUCAGCGUAGAGUAACAAACUCAUUAUUUGCGAAUCUAGAGUAAUAAACUCUAUUUUAGUUUCGGAAAAACACUUUGAUUAUAUCUACAUACUUCACGUUAAUAUUUAAGUGGACUCCGUUCGAUGUAUGUCGUCUGACGUCCUAAUGCAGAUGUACCGCACCUGGCCGCCUUCUUUUAAUUUCCAUUCCAUUUUGUCAUUUGUUUCCAUCCAACCUGGUGAUUAGCCACAUACGGGCAGCACGGCAGCAGUACAUGGAGGACGCAUGGUAGGUACAGUGCCAGCCGGGCCUCUUCGCGCAGACACUGGCCCUGUAGCGGCGACAAACGUGCUCUUCCGCCAUGGAAACUCUCAUGGCCUUGCUGAUGCUUCUGUGCAAUACAAGGAUGCGAUGCUUCUUCCUACCGGUAGUGCCAACACGGUUAGCCACACGGAUGCCAUCGAAAGUCCCAUAUGGUGGUGCUUCCUCAUCUUCAGUACAGAAGAGUAUUCUGACAGAGAACGGGAUUGCCAUGGCAGAGCAUCUGAUAUUUAGUAUGGUUAGAGUCUAAAUUACAGCUAAAGAAAUAAGGACGGCUUGCUACUUUCAAUUUUUUGUUUGGUUCAUCCAAAUCCCAUGAUGUUAGAUAAGUACUGGAGAACAUGCUUUCCAAAGCAAAUUUAUUAUCUAUCCUUUCUCUAUCAAUUUUAUUUUUAAGUUUCGAUUUCUGUUUGCUUGACCCAAAUUCCUACAGAUGCACGAUUUCAUGAUAGUGCGCUUUUUAAAUCCUCGCCACCUCCAUGUACCUGGGUGAGCUUAUGUUAAGAUUGUUGGUUACUUUUUUCCAUAGGUUGGACGAAUUACUUGCACUACUCGCUUUCAUAGGUUUGUUUAUUAUUUUGUUCCUGAAAUAUUGCUAAAGCCUACAAGAUAUGUCAUCAACGAAUAUUAUUUUUUGCAGUAUAGAGGAAAGUAUAACUUAUUCUCAAAUACCUUGAUUUAGGGCUUAUAUUCUGUAAGAAACGAAUCUUGAGACAAAUAGAUUCUUACUGGAAAUAGGUGCUUCCGGGUGGUAUUAAUUCCAUGUUUCUAAAAAAAAUAAUGCACUGUUGCCUCCAAAUGAAGCAUGAUACUCUGCGUACUAUGUAUGCUUGAAGAAUUUACUCUUAAGGUUUAUACUUAAACCCAAACAUUCCUGAACAGUGAGUUCUUAACGGAGAUACAUUUAACAUUUUUUUAAGGGCAAAAAGAUUGGAUGGUUCAGACUCUUUUGUUAUGGUAUUUUUUUUUACCAAUUCUGCUACCCUGUAUGAAUUAAGCGAAAUUACCAUCAAGCCUUAGAACGGCUAUGGAGUAUGUUGGUGGUGGUGACUGAAUUCCCAAGUUUUCUUCCUUUGCCAUCAUGCCUCUGUUCUGAAUACAGUUUUCAUGAUAGUUAAAGCACACUGUCCAGAUGUAUGCAACCAUCAUACUGCUGACCACAUUGUGCAUCUCCCAUUUAUUAACUUCUAUCUGAGAAGUCCUUUUUGUGUUUUGUCUGCAUAUAUGAUAUACUUCUUAUAUUUACUUCUUGCUGGUUAAUUUCAAGAACACCUCGAUUGAGCAAUUGACAAUGUUACAUUGUGCAAGAGCUGGGAUCAUCCACUUGCCACUUUCUUCCAAAGGUUUGCAAGAUGAGGAAGACAACAAAGGCACCUCAUGCGGCUGAGCUGCUCGACGAGCUUGUUUUCGAGAUCCUCCUCCGGCUGCCCGUCAAGUCCCUCCUGCAGUUCAAGUCCGUGAGCAAGGUGUGGCAUGCAAUCAUCUCCGACCCCUUCUUCAUCCGCGUGCACCUCCAGCAAUCUGCCUCCAGAUGGAGGCAGGACCCUUCACUGCUUGUCACCCCUCACGCUUUGAACUACGUCAUUGAGGACGAAGCUUGGCCGACAACCUUCUCCAACAAGAUCCGCUUCUACCAGUGGCAACAGCCCUCCUCCGAGGAGGAGCCUGAAGAGUCGAAGCUCGUCAUGCAUGGUGGCGACUUCCUCGGCUAUUUCAACUCUGUGUGCUGCUUCCAACACUGCGACGGCCUGGUGGUCGCCCACACCAACACCAAUGUCUAUCUCUUCAACACGGCGACCAGGGACGCCAUGACACUGCCGCACAGCGACCGCAACAAGAUGCACCGGUACGCGGUCUGCCUUCCUGUAGGGUUCGGCUUGGACCCUUGCACCGGCACAAGGUGGUUCAGGCCUUCUACCGCUCCAGGAAUCCUCGGACUGGUAUCUACGCCAUGGGGAUGGAGGUGUUCACCGUCGGUGAUGCUCCGGCUUCCAGGAGGGAAACCGCGGCUGAUCCGCCGUACCCUGUCGCGGAUUGGAUCACCGCUGUGUUCGUCAACGGCGCCCUAUUCUGGGUCAUUGAGAACCGUGGUCUUGAUCCGAACCCGCACAGCCUCCUCCGCUUCAGCCUGGACGACGAGACCUUCAGCGUCACGCGCCUGCCUGACUCGCUGGACCCUGCGUUGGAGGAGUCCUUCAUGCUGGAUGAGAUGCACGGUGAGCUAUGCCUGACCGCCUUCAACAGCAGCAAGCCGGCCAAGCAGCAGCCCCUCAAGAUCUGGACGCUGGUGGAAGAAGACGGGCGAUGGGAGCACCGCUACUCCCUCACCAUUUCGGGGCUGGUGCACCCGGUGGCUCUUCUCCCGGGCCGUGGCGUGAUGAUUGUACAGCGGUCGCAGUACAUCUGCCGCUACGAUCUGCGGACGCAUGAGCUGGACACCGUGUGCGAGCUGGAUCGCCUGAGAUACGAGAGAACGGGCACCUUACAGGCUGCUAGGCGGAAAAUCUUUUACUUUAAUGUAAUACCUUACACUGAGAGCCUGGUCCGAAUUACUGCUGCUGCUUAGCAGAGUUGAGGCCACUAAUCGAACCGCACUUGCGCUAUUCUAUUCAUUCGUUGCUCUGGCUCUUGUUGUCGUGUUGAAGUGUGUGUUUUGACUCUCUCAAAGAAGAUAAAAAUAAAGCUUUUCUGGAGCAUGUUCCACUGA